AUCUAUCUUUUUUGGUUUAUAUCCUCGUCUUUCUCCCUUACCUACGCGUCCUACCAGAAUAGCGCUACACCGCCUUCCAGAGCAAUCAAGUGGCACCAACUUCAAGAGGAGAACAUCUCUACUGCAUCAUUUUCUUGAGCCCAACAUGCCAUCGAGAAGGAUUCGAUGGACUCUCGCCACUCUGGAUCGACUUAUUUCAUUCGAACGGUAAUAAUGUGACACCUCAGAGGUAAGCCUUUACCUUCAAGUGCAUUUUACAAGGCUGAAAAUGAGUUUCACGCUCCCUAAAAGCGAUUCGACGACCUCCUUGCUGAGAUCCUCCGCACCGAGUAGGAGAGCAGCUCCACAUCCCGACCACAGAGGAGCCAGUCGGACUCAUCAUCCGCGUUCAGCGGCAGCAGAGGCGUCAUCUGGGGCAGAGACCGCUUUAGAAGAGUCGUUCUGGACGGCGGAUUGCGAUGCGAGCUCACGGAGACCCCUGUGUCGCCCAUCACUGGUGGCUAACCGGAAUAGCGCGGAGAAGAGCCACCCACAACACUCCCACAGACACGCUCUUUCUACGGCUCACAGUCAGGAGGACCUGUCUGAGCUUCCAGGUGGAAGGGAGCGCAAGACAGUCAGACGACACCACCACCAUCAUCAUCAUCACCAUCAUCACCACCACCGCCAUCGGUCCACCCGGGACGACCUGCCCCAGGAGCCCCGACCCAAACACUCUCACGCCGCUCGCAUGCCCAACAGAACUCAAUCUUUCUCCGAGUGCAGGGACGAAACGGCUCUCUUUUUGGAGUCAUCCCAAUUGGACCGUAAUCGACCGGGUUCGUCAGCGAGUAGAGAGGCGUGUCCACCCUCCACCGCCUCGUCCUCACCGGUGCCCGCAUCCUCCAGCCGCUCCUCCCGGAGAUCAGGGCGCUCCAGCGCAGCAUCCUCUGAAGCAGAUUUCAACCUGCGCCCAUACCUCAGCUCAGUGUUUGGACAGAAUCGAGAGUUGAGACCAGAGGAGAUCGAUGAGUUGCGAGACGCUUUUAAGGAGUUUGAUAAAGAUAAAGAUGGAUUUAUCGGUUGUAAGGACCUGGGGAACUGCAUGAGAACCAUGGGCUACAUGCCCACUGAGAUGGAACUAAUCGAACUGAGCCAACAAAUCAACAUGAAUUUAGGUGGCCAUGUGGAUUUUGAGGACUUUGUAGGGUUGAUGGGACCUAAACUGCUUGCUGAGACAGCAGACAUGAUUGGCAUAAAAGAGCUCAGAAAUGCCUUUAAAGAGUUUGAUACAAAUGGAGAUGGGGAAAUAAGCACAGGAGAGUUGAAAGAAGCUAUGAGGAAGCUGCUGGGACAACAGGUUGGUCAUCGAGACUUGGAGGACAUACUGAGAGACAUUGACCUGAAUGGAGACGGCCGAGUAGACUUUGAAGAGUUUGUGCGUAUGGUCUCCCGUUGAAAGAUGGUUUUUAUAUGGUGUCUCCAAUACAAGAAAGUGAGAUGCUGUACUGCUUCCUGCUGGUCAAAGCAGACAGAGUAUUAGACUACUGCAAGAAAAGCCUUGCUGAGCCAGUGUUUUACAGUUUAAAAACUGACUACUGGACUCUUUAGGACUUUUUAAACUGACGACCACUCAUGCACGUACACAUAAGAAUACACAUAUACUGUAGCCAAGUGUCUCUGCACUUUCAACCAUGCAAGACCAAACAAUAUAUGUUUUUUACAUGCAUAUUUGAAUGAGGGUACCAAUGUUUAAUGAUGGCAAUAUUACAUUAUGUGUUGUCCCUGUGUGUCUCUGUGUGAUAAACUAGGUGAAGAAUAUGAUGUCUGAGUGUUUUUAAAGCCCCACUCUUUAUUUUUUCUUUGUGUGUGUGUGUUUGUGUGUGUGUACAGUUGGCAUGUUAAAUGCAUUGACUUUGUGAUAAUAUGUUAUACACAACAUGAGUUAUGGUCAACUACUCCACUGUGAGACAAAAAUUCCAGUUUUGACUAUAUAUGUAUUAUUUGACUGUUUUUGUUUCUAACAUCACAGUGUUUGCCUUUAAAACAAACAUAUACCACUGAGCAGCGUAGUUAAAGGAAUAUUUUGGGUUUAAUACAAGUUUAUCUUGUAUUAGUCGACAGUAUUUGUUGCAUAAUGUUGAUUACCACAAUAAAUAUUUUUUUAUCUUCCUCCUUUUCUUAAAAAAAAGCAAAUAUUUAGGUCACAGUGAGGCACUUAUAAUGGAAGUGAAUGGAGCCAAUUUUUGAAGGGUUUAAAGGCAGAAACGUGAUCCUUAUAAUUUUAUACAAGCAAUUACAUGAAUUCUUCUGAUAAACUCAUGUAUUAUUUGAGCUGUAACGUUGUUUAAAUAGGGUUUAGGGUUUGUUAAUAUUACAUCUUCAUGGUAAUAAAGUUGUUAUAUUGGCUAACUUUACACAGAAAAUGUUAGUAAGUGAUUUUACACUAAAAUAAUGUUAACACACUUAUUGUUUAUGUCUUGUGGCAAUACUUUUGAAACUAUAAGUAUUUUGUCAUUAACGGAUUGACCACAUUUACCUCCAUUGUAAGUGCCUCACUGUAACUCAAACUUAAACUUUGCUUUUUUUAAAGAAAAGAAGGGACGAGCUUAACUUGUAUUUAACCCGGAACAUUCCUUUAAGGUUCACUCACAGUAAAAGAUGAAAAAAGAACAAAUAUUCUGAAAGAAAAUUUUUUAUAGUUUAGAAACUACUGUUGCCAAGUAAAUGUUUGACCUCUAUGGAUUUUAAGAUAUUUUAACACAUAACUGGGGAGAUCCUAAGUUUAGAAAUGAUAACUAAGGCUUUGAUCAGAUUCACUAUUUAUAGUUGUCAUGACAUAUUUGUCAGGCAACUAAUUUCAAGAGCAGUCACAAUUCUAAUCUGCAUAGGCAUGCCCUGUUUGCUUCAUAGCAAAGUGUCCAGAUAUGAUACAAACUGACAAAAUAACUACAUGCUUGAGAAACAGAGAGUGAAGAUUUAUUUAUUUCAAUUGAGUGUCUUUAUGCCUGUUUGUGUGACAAUUGUUAUACAUUUUGUAGAAUAUUGUCUUAAAUUGUAAUCUGAUCAGACUUCUUGCAUGCCAAAAAAAGAGUGUUUAUAUGUAAUAUGGUGGUUUUAAUACAUUGUAACAAAUGAAGCAAAUAAAAUAUGGU